AUGAGCGCUUGUGGUAUCCGUACUAAGAUAACUGCUUUUAACAACGCGCUUUGUACUAGCGAUUAUGAUUGUAUUCUGAUCUCAGAAACUUGGUUGAAUGAUAAAUUUCAUAAUAGUGAACUAUCGUCACAUUACAACAUUUAUCGCUGCGAUCGAAGUUCCGAGACUAGCACCGCACAACGAGGAGGAGGUGUCUUGAUUGGCGUUAAGAAGGAACUGAAUGCAAUCCCGAUAACUUUAGAGAACUGCGAAAAUCUUGAACAAAUCGUUGUAAAAAUUAAACCUGGUCCGUGUUAUUUGUACCUUAGCUGCAUCUACCUCCGGCCUAACAGCAGCAUAAGGAAUUAUGAGAUGCACUUUUCAGAAGUUCAACAAAUCAUGAAGUUGACCACCGCACGGGACUCAGUAAUCGUUGUUGGAGAUUACAACUUCCCACACUUACAAUGGUCCUUUGACCAAGACAUAAAUAGUUAUUUGCCGAUAAACGCCUCUUCUGAAGCUGAGAUAUUGAUGACUGAAAUGCUUCUUUCCGCCGGUUUAUAUCAACAAUGCAACAUCGCUAACGAUAAUAUGCGCCUUUUGGAUCUUGUCUUCUCAAAUAACCCUGACAAUCUGGUGAUGUUCGAAUCUUCCAUCGCGAUCAUUCCUACUGACCGUCAUCACAAGCCUUUCAACUUAUGUAUAGAAACCUACCUGGAUCCCGCGCCAGCCAAAUGCAUAGGAGAUCUUGAUUUCGAUUUCAAUAAAUGCAAUUUUGAGCUGGUCGCAGCUGCUUUAGAUUCAACGAGCUGGGAAUUCCUCGGUGAUGCUGACAACGUCAAUACUGCAGUUGAUGCGUUCUAUACCAAUCUUUACUCCGUUUUGAAACGAAUCGUCCCCCUGAAGCGCCCACAAAGACACCAGUCAUUCAGACAUGAGUGGUGGAACUCUGAGCUUCGACGGCUGCGAAAUCAGCUACGAAAGGCCCGCAAGAAUUUCAUCAAGAAUCGUACCGAAAACCAGAGACAUCGUUUGAGAAACUUAGAACGAGACUUUAAAGCGCUUAAUGAGCAGCUUUACCGCCAACAUAUCUUGCGCCUUCAAGAGAACCUUAAAAAUGACCCAGCAUCGUUUUGGAGACACUUUAAAAACAAAAAACGAAACGCAACUAUCCCUGUAGAUGUCAGUUUCAACGGCGUUACUUCACGUAACAUAACUGAAUCCACGAACAUGUUUGCCGAUUUUUUCCUUGUCUUCUGUUCCUCCGACAUUGUAGCAAACAACAACUACCUAGCCUCCAUACAAUCCCAUGACGUGAAUUUACCUUUGCCUUGCCUCUAG